AGAGAGAGAGAAAGAUAGAGAGAGAGAGGGAAAAGAAAAAAAAGGAAAAUGUAUAAAAAAAUGAAAAUAGUAAAUAUAACAGAUAAUGUACCUUUUUCACAGCGUCCAGGGUGUCAUCCUAAUCGACAGUGGGACAAGGUCGUGAGCAGGACAGGACUCGGUUGCACGAGAUGCGAAGACUUCAUCAACCCGGACGCUCAGAGUUGUGCCAUCUACAAAAGCGCCCACUGCAUAUCAUGUACAGAAAAUCUGGACAAUUGUAACAUCGAUGUACUGCCCUAUCUUGUGCUGAACAAGUGUUCCAGUUCGCAUCCCGCGUUGGUCGAGUCCCUGCAGAACACGUGUGACUUCCGAGCUGAAGUGGACGCCCCUCAGGCCAGGUCUCUGGACUCGGGCACGGCUAACACUGCACCUACGGCUCUGGCGAUAAUGGCUGGGCUAAUCCUGUCUGUACUGCAGGGAAGUAAAGGCUACAGUGGUUAAGGAAUGUUCAUUGACAAUGCGGUUUGGCCGUGGCCACGUCUGAUUUACGACUGCGCGAUUCGGAAAGAGCAACAGGGAUAUGUAAUUGUACACUUUCGAUUGUGUAAUUAAGUCUUUUUCUUCCAAUGGGAUACACGGAAACAACACAGUAUAAUUUCUCUGUGAGGAAGGGAACAAGUUUAAGUUUCACUAUACGGGAUUAAGUUGUGAUACGAAUAUAUAUUUCCCGGAUAAUUUAAAAGUGAUACCCAUCGUGCGAGGUGGAAAGUGCUUAACAUUGUUGAUUUCUUUCAAUGACUUCGGUUUCCAGCCCGAGCAACGUCAUCGUCACGGAAACCGCCGCACGCACGCCAAAAGCAGUUUGUCGUUUGGACUGUGUGAAGAACCCAAUAUUACGUCAUACAAUCAGACUAUUGGCUGUUUUACUAUGUGUUUAAAAUAGAGUAACGACCAAUCAUUUCAUGAAUUGUAGACAUUAUUAUUACUAUUAUUAUAAAGAUGAUAAUAAUAGUAAUGAUUAUAAUAGCAAUGAUAAUGAUAGUAUUAAUUAUAACAAUAAUGAUUAUUGUUGUCAUUGCUAUUAUUAUUGUUAUUAUUCUUAUUCUUAUUAUCAUCAUUAUUAUUAUU